AUGGCAUCCCUUCACCGCAAUGACGAUGAGCUGCAGCUUCAAGCCCUCGGCCACAAGGGCGAGCUCCAGCGCAACUUCUCUCUCUUAUCCAUGUUGGGGCUUGCCUUUGCCAUUUUAAAUUCCUGGACCGCUUUGUCCUCUUCACUCUCGCUUGCUCUUCCUAGCGGCGGUUCCACUUCCGUCAUCUGGGGAUUGUUGACCGCUGGCAUCUGCAACUUGGCCCUUGCCGUGUCACUUGCCGAGUUCCUCUCAGCCUACCCUACCGCUGGUGGGCAAUACCACUGGGUCGCUGUCAUUACGCCCAGGAAGUGGGUGCCGUUGGCUUCGUGGAUCACCGGCUGGAUCAACGUCUCGGGAUGGAUAGCUUUGACCACUUCAGGGGGCCUCUUGGCUUCUCAGCUCAUCGCUGGUCUCAUCUCACUAUUCCACCCUGACUUCACCAUCAAGCCCUGGCAACAAUACCUGAUCUACGUGGCUUGGACCCUUAUUGCCUUCCUCGUCAACGCCUUCCUGAACAGACUGCUCCCCUACGUCAAUCGCGGUGCUUUCAUCUGGUCUAUCGGCGGGUUCGCCAUCAUCUGCAUCACAGUCCUGGCCUGCUCCUCGCCAAACUACGCUUCUGCUGACUUUGUCUUCGCCGAGUUCGUCAACGAGACUGGUUGGCCCGAUGGCAUUGCUUGGCUUCUGGGGUUGCUGCAGGGUGGCUUUGGUAUCACCGGAUAUGAUGCAGUCGCACACAUGAUUGAGGAGAUCCCCAACGCUAGUGUCGAGGGCCCCAAGAUCAUGAUAUACUGCGUUUGCAUCGGGACCGUUACUGGCUUCAUCUUCCUGAUGAUCCUGCUCUUCGUCUCGGGCGGUGAUGCCAAUGCCAUCAUCGAGUCGACAUCCGGACCUCUCGUACACAUCAUCUACACAGCGACAAGCAACCGAGCUGGCGCUGUCUGCCUGCUAAUGUUCCCCCUGAUUUGCAUCCUCUUCGCGGAGAUUGCCAUCAUGACGACUUCGUCAAGGAUGUCAUACGCAUUCGCCAGAGAUGGCGGGCUGCCUGCUUCCAAGAUGUUUGCAAAGGUGGACAAACGGCUUGACGUGCCACUCAAUGCUCUGAUUCUCGCCGCUGGUCUCACACUCUUGUUCGGCCUGAUCAUGAUCGGUUCCAGCAGUGCCUUCAACGCUUUGAUCGCCGCCUCCGUUGUCGCUCUUGGUGUCAGCUAUGCCAUUCCUGUCGCCAUCAACGUCUGCCGCGGAAGGAAGAUGCUGCCUCCUCGCGCCUUUACGCUGCCGAAUUGGCUGGGCUGGAUUGCGAACCUAGUCGGCCUGGCAUACGCGAUUGUUACCACCGUCCUCUUCGUCUUUCCUCCAGAGCUUCCUGUCACUGGCAGCAACAUGAACUACUGUGUUGUGGCAUUUGGCAUCAUCCUCUUGGUAAGCACCAUCCAGUGGUUUGUCGAUGGACGCAAAAACUUCACUGGGCCUAGAGCCGACAUGAGUCUCGAAGUGCUUGAAGCCAUGAAAACGAAUGAGCCGGCUGGACCGGCAUAUGCAGACCCCAAGCUGGAUGCCGAAUUGGUAAAGUAA